AUGGAUAGAAAGUCUGCUAGAAUAAAAGCAGAGUUACAAAGAUAUGGUUGGAGAGUUUCGAAGAAUUUUAAAUAUAGGAAGGGAAGACCCAUAAAAGUCUAUGACAAACUGGCUGGUCUUCGCUACGAAAUGGAUUUGGAAACAGCACGUGCAAAUUAUCCAAACAGACUAGAGAGGUUAGAAGAAGAACGUCUUAUGGACAUGCCUUUCGAUGUUAGUGAACCUCAAGUUGAAGGACACGACGGCUUUGCCAGAUUCUACUGGAAACAUGACGAACAA